ACUUCGCCAUUCCAUUGCUGUUUAAUUGCGUAUUUCGCUUUGAAUAAAUGGAAAUUGCAGAUGUAUUUUAUGAUUUCGUUUUCAUUUUCAUCUCUCUUCUAUUUUCCACAUCUAUUUCAAGUCUGAAGUGAAUUAUUGGCCAUUAAUUGCAUUGAUUUUGAGUGUAAUGAGCCAGCUAAUGAAACGUCAACAGCGAAGUGUGUCGGGUCAUAAAAACCAGAGGAUGCCGUCUUCCAGAAAUCCUGAAUCCCGAACAUCUGUCGCGUUUUUAAGCUAUUUAUGAAUUAGUACCCUCGCUAAUCCUUUUGAAAGGACCUUACGGAUUAGCAAAAAGAUUUGUGUAAAAUUGGUGCGCGGAAAACACGCAAAAUUCGCGUGUUCGGGUUGCAAUUACCGGGAAAUCUCUGCCUUUUUUAGGUAUGCGCUACCUUAGGUAGUUUCCCGGAAUCAAGUACCUGAACCUUCCGCUCCAGCUGUCGUUGGGUUACGAAACUAGAGCAGGUAGCCUCUGGGAUUCCACCUAUAUAAGGCCUGCCUCCCCAGCCACAGCAUCACAUUCGUUCAUCAGCCUUCAACAUGAGCAUCAGCACUUUCAACUUCCAGUUCUACAACUACAAGCUGAGCCCCUCGUCACCGGGCUUCGGCAGUCCGAGUCCCAGUACAGGAGCCUCCACCCGCUCCUCCUCCUCGUUUAUCAGCGAACUGGAAAUGGACAUUGACGAGGACAUGUCCAGCCAGCAACCACCGACCAUCACCUCCACCCCCAAGCCGCGUUUCACCACCCAACUGGCCGUGGAAUUGGCCAGAGCGGAGCAACCCGGUAAUGGCAUUUCCCCGCUGCGACCCAAAUUGCAUACGGCCCAGAAGCGCUGGUCCAUGGAGCUGAGGGAGAAGGUGCUGGAGAUGUCCAAGCGAAAUAAUGGCCAGGAGAAGCCACCACCGCAACAUGAGCCAGUGCAGCAGGAGCCACAUCCAGAACAGGAGCAACCUCCGGUUGAAAAACCCAAUGUCAGCGACAAAAUCAACUUCUUCAACAAGCUGACCAACACCUUUGAGUCGGGUUUCAACAAAUUGCAGCCAGGUGGAGCCACCACCCACAACAAUCGCUUCAUUGCCAUGCUGCGCACCACGAAACCACAAAACAUAGCAACCACCACCGCCAACAGCAGCACCGCCAACAGUUUCCUGGGCAGCAAUGGUUCCCUGAACGGAAAUGGUAAUCAAGUGGUGCCACCACCCAAACCCAAAAGAUUGGCGGCCUCGAUCGCCUCCCAGUUUGCCACGCCCCUGGUGCCCGGGAUGGGCGUGGGCAAGGGGGGCAGCCAGCGCAAGUGCUCCCUGCGACGUAAACCUUCGAUGGAGAAAUCGAGGGCCACCAUUUUGAGACAGAACUCCAAUGUGACGGUGCGAACCCAGAACCAUGCCAUCAUGGAGGAUCUCAGUCUGGUGGUUCCCGUGAGAUUGCGCAUCGCUGAGUACGAGCAACGCAUCUCAAUGAGUGCUUGA